GCUCUAACUUUCAGUGCAUAUUACUUUUGUGAAUCGAAUACAUUUUUGACAACAGUAGUGAAGGAGUUUAAUAAUUAACAAUUAAAUACUAUUAAAUAAUAUUUUAAAAAAUGGCUUACGCAGUAGAUAAUAUCGUUCAUAAUAUGAGUCCGAUGUCUGAUAAUUUAGUUCCAGAUUGGCUAAAUUCCGAACAAAGUACUGGUACCUCUAUAAUGGCUAUAGAAUUUGACGGAGGUGUUGUCAUAGGUGCAGAUUCACGAGCUACUACAGGCUCAUAUAUAAGCAACCGUUUUGCCGAUAAGUUGACUAGAGUCACAGAUUAUAUCUAUUGCUGCCGUUCUGGUUCUUCUGCAGAUACCCAGGCUAUUGCAGAUAUUGUUGAAUAUCAUUUAGGUCUGCACAGGAUGGAGCUUGGCACACAACCCUUGGUAGAGACAGCUGCUAAUGUAUUUCGUGAAAUGUGCUAUAAUUAUAGAGAUUCCUUGAUGGCAGGAAUUUUGGUAGCUGGAUGGGACAAUCAAAAAGGAGGACAAGUUUAUAGCAUUCCUCUAGGAGGUAUGUGCGUUCGACAACCUAUUGCUAUUGGUGGAUCAGGUUCUUCAUAUGUUUAUGGCUAUGUUGACGCACAUUAUAAACCAAAUAUGACUAAAGACGAAUGUGUUACUUUGGUGCAAAAUACAUUGGCGUUGGCUAUGUCUCGUGACGGUAGCAGUGGUGGUAUUAUACGUCUUGGUGUAAUUACAGAUAAAGGAAUUGAAAGAAAAGUGAUAAUGGGUGAUAAAUUACCUCAAUUUUACGAGGGUUAAAAAUAUUUCAUUAAUAACGAACUUUGAAAUAUAUAUAUUUAUCCUAACUAAUGCAUUAUUCUAAGAUUCAACAUUUGUUAAAUAAAUAUAGAUUAAAGGAUACUUCUUUUAA